CACAAUGCCUCAGUGUUUGGCAGAAGUGCUAGAACAGCAUAGUUCUAUACGUACUGCGUUUGGCUGUAACAAGGGCACCAGUCAGGAAACCCUCAAAGCUAUGGCCAGUCAGGUCCCAGCUGAGAAGUCUGAAAAGUGUCAGUGUGAGACAAGCCGUCCUGAAAGCAUUCUUUACCAGCUCCUUAGCAAACAACACCAAAAUGAUACCCAAUGGAUUGACCACUAUUCCUACACUCCCUGCUCCCUACCAAGUGUUGGCUGUCCUUGUGUGGAUAACAGGAGAGUUAUCCUGAAAAAUCCAGAAGUCACUUGCAUGAGAGCUUCUGAAGUGCUCCUGAAGACUAUAACUUUUAUAAGAAAUUUGCCCUCCUUCUGUGAUUUGCCCCAAGAAGAUCAGAUCCUCCUGGUACAGCAGUGCUGGGCCCCUCUCUUUGUUUUGGGUCUGGCACAGGAGAGAGUGGAUUUUGAACUGAAAGAAAUUUCAAGCCCUAGUUUGUUGAAAAAAAUCCUUCUCAAUCAAUCUUUGGCAGCUAGUGAGGAACUGGAGAGCUUCCCACAUGGAGCAUCGUUAGCAGAAGUUCAGAAGCUGAAACAUUUUCUGAAGAAAUUCUGGAACUUGGAUAUGUGCGCAAAGGAAUAUGCUUAUCUUAAGGGGAUUAUUCUCUUUAAUCCAGAAUUGCAUGGCCUCAAAUGUUGUCCCUAUGUGCAAACCCUGCAGCAAGAAGCCCAGCGCACUCUGAUGGAAUUUAUCUCUAUGAUGUAUGACAGGAACCUAAGCAGGUUUUCUUGGGUCCUUGGGUUCCUCACCAGCCUCAGUACUGUUGAUGCAGAUAGUAUUGAAGAACUCUUCUUCAGACCCAUCUUAGGAGAAGUCAUCCUAAAUGAAUUACUUCUAGAAACCCUCUAUCUCAAUUGA